CUCUAAUUUUUAUGCUGAGUAGACAACAACACUUUCAGAGCAUAUAUUAUACAUAUUUAUACGUGGAGACAGAGGCGAAAGACAAGAAACAAGAUGGGGAAAGUAUCUUACAUGAAGCUGAAGGGUAGCCAAAACUUGAGAAUACGUCUUUUACUGGCAACCCUUUCUACCAAAUCGAUUAUCAUCGAGGAUAUACGUGCUGAUGCUACUUGGCCUGGCCUUCGUCCACAUGAGGUCUCUUUCCUCCGCCUCCUUGAAAAAGUCUGUGAUGAUUGUGUUGUUGAAAUCAAUGAAACUGGCACAAAACUGAAGUACAAACCAGGAAUUAUUAUGGGAGGAAGACAUUUAGUUCAUGAUUGUGGUGUCAGUCGCUCCAUUAGCUACUUCUUGGAACCGUUGAUUGUGCUCGGUUUGUUUGGAAAGAAACCACUCACCAUCAGGCUUAAAGGGAUCACAAAUGAUUCAAAGGACCCAUCUAUUGAUACUUUUCGAUCAACUACUUUGCCUAUAUUGAAGCAGUUCGGAGUCCCUGCAGAAGGAUUGGAACUGAAAAUUGAGAGUCGGGGAGUCGCUCCUAAAGGUGGUGGAGAAGUAGUUCUUUCAGUCCCUAUGGUCCCAAAUAGUUUAAAGGCUAUUAAAUGGGUUGAUGAAGGUCUGGUGAAGAGAAUUAGAGGUGUUUCCUUUUCAACUAGGGUCUCUGUUCAGUUUGAGAAUACCAUGAUACAUGCAGCUCGUGGAAUCUUGAAUCCUUUCCUUUCAGAUGUUCACAUCUUUACAGAUCAUAAAGCUGGAGCACAAGCCGGAAUGUCACCUGGCUACGGAAUUUCUUUAGUUGCAGAGACUACAUCUGGUUGUGUUAUAUCUGUUGAUACUGCAGUUUCUUAUUCAAGAGGAGAAGAUGAUGCUGACCUAGAGGAUGAUAGGAAAGAUCUGAUCCCUGCUGAGGAAGUUGGCGAGCAAAUAGCUUCUGCACUACUUGGGGAAAUUAAACAGGGAGGAGUUGUUGAUUCAACACAUCAGGGACUGCUGUUUCUUCUAUGUGCCUUGUGUCCCAAAGAUGUUUCAGAAGUUCGCGUUGGGAAGCUGUCACCCUACGGAAUAGAAGCAUUAAGACACAUCAGAGAUUUUUUGGGUGUUAAGUUUGUCAUGAAGCCUGAUGCCUCCACAGGAACUGUCAAUCUUAUGUGUCUUGGUUCUGGAUUUCAGAAUUUGUCCAGAAAAGUAUCAUGAUAAAGAAAUGGUGGUGGUUUCAUAUACAGAAAAGUGUGACGCUUCUGUAUCAGCAUAUUCUGAAUGGCUCGACAUUCAUCAAUGGGGUGGUUUUGAGUGAAAUCAAGCACAGGAGUGUCACACAGGCUGGAGAUUUUGAUGUGGUCGCUAGUUGUAAAGCUUGUAAUGAGAGUGCUGUAGGAAGCAAACAUAGAAUCACAUGCCCUCAUCUCCCAUUGGGGUUGAAAUUUUCGGUAUUAGAGUUCUAAUUCAUAUAUAUUUU